AUGUUGCAUGGUAACUCUUGUGCUGGAGUCAUAAUUACCUCUGGAAUUCCCAACUUAGGAACCUUUCUUGAUUGGACGCAUUGCAACUCUUAUACUGGUGGGAUAACUACAUCUGGAAUUCCCAACUUAGGGAACCUUUCUCGAUUGGACUUGAUCGAUAACGAAUUCUUUGGUCCAUUGCCAAUUGAACUUUCUAAGAUAAAAGGGUUGAAGUUUCUGAUUCUUGCAUACAACCAGUUUAAUGGAAGUAUACCCUCAGAAUACGGGGAUAUUCCGACACUUCAGGCCCUUCAUCUUUCCUCCAAUAAGUUAAAUUUUGGUGCGAUACCACCAAGUUUAGGGAAGCUAACCUCACUUUUAUGGUUGAUACUUGCUAAUAAUUCACUGAACUGUGGCAUCCCACCUGAGUUGGGAAAUUGCAACAGCUUAUUGUGGUUGAAUCUUGCAAACAAUCAACUUUCAGGGCCAAUUCCGCCUCAGUUAGCAAGAAUUGGCUCAAAUCUUAUGCCUUCUUUCUUAUCGAAUAGGGCAAAGGAUAAGGUCACUACUGGCUCGGGGGAAAUGCUUCUCUAUGAAAAGGUGGAUACUAGCUGA